UAGACGGAUGCUGUAAAAACCCCAAAAGGAAUGGGUGGGUCUAAUUUACCCAUCCCCUUUGUAGUGUGGGUUAGUAUUUAUAGACAGCACAGUGAGGACAGAGGUGAACAUUUUCACAUCUCAGACUUUGGAUUAUUUCUGAUCCUGAACGAACUUGUGAUGUUUGUCAGCUUGUUUUUCGUGUUCCUCUUCACAGAUGGGGCAUCCUCUGAGGGGAAAUGUGCUUACCAGGAUCUUAUCAAGCAUUUGGGUUUGACCUAUGACAAUAAGACGUUCCACAUGACCCGGCCUGUUGCCGACUACAGUGAGCCCACAAGAGUUAUUAUGGAGUUGACUGUCAGUGCCAUUCUAGAAGUGCAAUUCCUGACUGAAUCAUUUUUCUCAUCACUCUGCUUAAAUAUGUUGGUCUCUCCCUGUUUCUCUUUGAAGAUGUGGGAAAAUGACUUUGUACGUUGGAACGAAACAGAAUUUUGUGAUAAUAGAUAUUUGAUUGUUCCAGCUGAACUCAUGUGGAAGCCACAUCUCUCCAUUCUGGAAUUGACAGAGAGUGACAAGUCUAAACCUAACCCUUAUGUCAUAAUAAGAUCAUACGGGGAUGUUACACUAAUGGAUGAACUUGUGUUGGUCAGCACCUGCAAAAUGCAAGUCUACAGAUUCCCCUUUGACACUCAGAGCUGCAAACUCACUUUUAGGUCUGUUGUACACUCUGAUGAAGAAAUAAAGUUUUUGUUAACCCCCUAUGAACGGAUCACAGAAAAGUCUCGCAGGAUGACACAGAAUCAGUCUGAGUGGGAGCUGAUCAGCAUUACAAGCGUGAUAAAAACGGAAGAAACAUUUAUCAGAUUUAAUCAAAGCUUGCUGAUUUACACUAUCAAGAUAAAGAGGAGGUCGGCGCUCUAUAUUGUCAACUUCAUACUCCCCAUCUUGUUCUUCCUGUGUCUGGACUUGGCCUCCUUCCUGAUCUCAGACACCAGUGGCGAGAAGCUGGGCUUCAAGGUCACAGUGCUGCUCGCUGUAACUGUGAUGCAGCUCAUUCUCAAUGAAAUUCUGCCUUCUUCAUCAGAGCGGAUCCCACUGAUAGCCGUCUACUGCAUUGGGGUUUUUGCUCUGAUGAUGCUCAGCCUCCUGGAGAGUGUUUUUGUGAUGUACCUGAUAGAGAAAGACAACGCACCACAGGACAAUGAGACAGAUGAAGACCUGAGGCUAAGUGAGGACAAACGAGGCAAAGCUAGAUGUGAAGGAGAGGUGAAUAAAUGUGUUCACUCUUCAUCUGGCUGUGAUGUGUCUCCCAUUAAGACGCCAUCUGAAAAGCUGCCAGUGGCUACAGAGGAUAGCAACAUCCAACUAAUGGAGGUGUCUCUCACCUUGUAUGAGGUGAGGAACCAGAUAAAGACUCUACUUGUCAGCAGCAGGAAGGAGGAAGCAAAACCUGGCUACUGGACCAAAGUGGCUAGAAGAAUCAACAAAGUGUUCAUCAUUUGCUAUGUCUCAGCUAUCAUUGUGUUUUUAGCCUACAUAUUUUCCAUUUGGACUGUUGACAAUGACUAG